AUGGCAUCACGAGACCAGCAGUUAAGAGGAGAACGAGGGGACAAAAAGAAACAAUUCACAGACGCAGAGAAGAUCAUUGUUCCAGCCCUGUAUAUUACUUCAGAAGACGUAUUGGGACAGUCUGCCAAAGCCAAGAUGGAGAAUAUCCCAUUGUCAACCAGUACUGUUGAGAGGAGAAGUCGAUUGCUGUCUGAAGAUUUGCUUGACCAAGUCGUCAAAAAACUACGUACAAGUCCUUGUUUUGGUGUAAGUCGUAAUGGACGCUGCAUGAUUGCAGACGACAUGGGUCUGGGCAAGACAAUACAAGCCCUGGGUGUUGCAGUUUACUACAGGACAGAAUGGCCGUUGCUUGUGGUAACUCCAUCUUCUGUUCGGUACUCAUGGGUCAAUGCAAUAGAAAGAUGGGUGCCUUCAGUGAGCCGGGAAGACAUAACUGUUAUUGGCAGUGGGCAGGACACCUUGAGUGAUGCUCAGGUGGUCAUUAUAACUUAUGACCUCUUGGUCCGCAAACUAAAAGAAGUAAUGAAUAGUCGAUUUCAGGUUGUAAUAAUGGAUGAAUCUCAUAUGUUGAAGAACUUUAAGACAGCAAGAUAUAAGGCUGCAGCACCAGUCGUUAAGCAAGCCAAGCGUGUCUUGAUGUUGACUGGCACCCCAGCUCUUUCACGGCCCUCAGAGCUGUACACACAGAUUGCUGGAUUAUGUCCAGGACUCUUUCCAAGUUUCCAGAAAUUUGGUGUAAGAUACUGUAAUGGACAACAGCUUCCGUGGGGAUGGAACUUCUCAGGUUCCAGCAAUUUGCAAGAGCUACAGAUAAUGCUUAGAAACAUAAUGAUCCGGAGACUUAAGGUGCAGGUGCUGGAUCAACUUCCGUCAAAACUGAGAAUGAUGGUGACAUUAGACCCGACCUCCAUUGAGAAUGGCACCAAAUCCUUGGCAGAUGCAGCUAAGAAGUUUAACCUGAAGUCUAUCAAUGGUUUAGAAAAACAAGGUGCCCUUUUUGCAUUCUUCAAUGAAACAGCUCAAGCUAAGCUAAAAGCUGUAAGUGUGUACAUCAAGGAGCUGCUGGAGUCAGACAAAAAGUUCCUCGUGUUUGCUCAUCACCAGAUCAUGCUAGACAAGUUGAGUAACACUUGUGAUCUUGCCAAUGUCAGGCAUAUUCGCAUAGAAGGCAAAACUAGACCAGAAAUGAGACCGAAACUAGUCAAAAGGUUCCAGGAAGAUAGUACUGUUAGAGUUGCAGUUCUGUCCAUCACAGCUACUAAUACUGGACUUACACUAACCUCAGCUAAUCUGGUCAUCUUUGCUGAGCUGUUUUGGAAUCCUGGGGAUCUUGUACAAGCUGAGGAUCGAGCUCACAGAAUUGGCCAGCAAGAUUGCGUGAUGGUCCAGUAUCUUGUAGCCAGAGGCACUGCAGAUGACUAUCUUUGGCCAAUGAUUCAGUCCAAGAUGGCUGUGUUGAAUAAAGUCGGACUUUCUAAGGAUGAUUUCUCAAAUGCAAGCUCUACAUACCAGAAGAGAACUGGUGAAGACAGUAUUGUUAAGUACUUCAACAACCUGAAAACUGAUGAUAUUUCUGAGGAUUCCACUGAUGAGCCCAAGGCCAAGAGGCAGAAGACAUAAAAAGUUCCAUGAUUUCCUAAAUACACCAGUUUUAUUAUACUGUAGUUAAUGAACAACUCUUAAGUU